UGUAGGAAGUGAACGUUUUAGCAUAGCUAGAAAGCAAGCUAAAUGCUUCUUUUGUAAAAUAAUAACGGUAUUUGUUACUUAAUAGCUUGUGAAGCGUGAUUUAGCCAUUUAUAACGGUUGCCAUAAGAUGUUGCCCUCCCAUAUUGGCAGCUGGGAUGUGCCACGGUGGAACUAGAAUGAUGUUAGUGGACACAAUGCUAGCCAGGCAACAUGGACCACAGGAGGCCUUUGGUGUUAUGGAGAAGACACCACAGGGCAGGAAUUAUCAGUGUGUCACAUGCUUGAAAUAUUUUUCCGCCCCAUCCAAACUACAGAGGCACAUCCUUUCACACACAGGACAACGACCAUUUGGGUGUCACCUCUGUGAAAAGGCAUUUCGGCAACUAGCACAUCUGAAACUCCAUCUUAACACACAUCUUUAUCCAAAACAAACUGAACAGAAGAAGAUGAAUGUAAAGUCUAGCUUGCAUCCAAGUGGAUAUGAAAAUACCCCUCCUGUAAAGAUAGAGAACUCAAAAGCAUGUUUGCAGACAGGCUCCUUGGAUGCAGUCGGUGCAGAGGACACAUUGGAGGUAAACAUCAGGCCUACUGCACCUGUCCACAGAGUUGAGGAAAACUCUCUCUGUUCCUCUCACUGUAUCGCUGAAGUCUAUCCCCCACACUCCGAGUUCGAGAGGUUUGAGAAGCACCACACAAAAGAGGAGGUACUGAGGAACCACGAUGACUGGAGUGAACCUGAGAAACAGACACUGGAUGAGGAUAGAUCCUCCGUAGAUGAAACCGUGGACAAACAUACAAAAAUAAUUGAGAAUUCAAACUCUCAUAAAUGCCCUGAGUGCUUUAAGUGCUUCAGCGCCCCGUCCAAAUUAAAGCGGCACUGCCUGAUUCACACAGGCCAGAAACCAUUUCAGUGCUACCUAUGCCGGCGUGCUUUUAGGCAGCUAGCCCAUCUAAAGGUACACUACAGCAUUCACUCAGGGGCCGCCAAGUCUAGAAACUCCUCACUUCCACAACAAAGUCUAAAAUCUUUCUCCCAACCCCAGAGGUCAAAAACCUGGCCAAGGAACUAUCCAUGUAACAUGUGUGGCAGGAAAUUUAAACAGAAGAGACAUUUGAUAGUUCACCAGCGAACUCAUCAAGUUCCAGAGACUGCUGUGCACCCUGAUAGGUUAGAUAAUACGAGUAAGGCCUACCUUCCACCUCACACUGACCAUGCUUCACAAGUAGAUCUCUCAAACUCUGAAAAUGCUAUAGCGUACAACACAGAGCUGAAUGAAAAGAGUCAAAUACAUGUUGUUGAAGGUUUAGACAACUUAUCUGAAGAAUGGCAUAACAGUGCAAAGCAUGCGUCACAGGACAUUGACCUCGCUCGCCCCUCAGACAGAAACAAUAAGUCAUCUGUGUCUAAUCGCACUGAACGUACAAACACAGGUAAGUUAAGGGAAAAUCUGUGCAUGCUAUGCCUGAAGAAAUUUGACUAUCCCUCCAAACUCUCCCGACAUCUAUUGGUCCACAUGGACAUCAAGCCGUUCGGAUGCACCGUCUGUAGUAAGUCUUUCAGACAGCUCUGCCACUUACAGAAUCACAUGAAAGCCCACCAUGUAAAAAGCAACAAUGUUGUGAGAAGCAUAGAAGAUGCUCCCAACCAACCAGGGGUUAUUCUAUUAAAGGACACGUCUGUUUCUGAGGUGAGGAGAAAUCAAAGUGAACAUUUAGACCAAGUUUCUCAACCUCAGGAAGCCAGCAGAGACCUCAGUGAAGUUGGUUGUUUCCUAAGCCAGUAUGUUCUACCUGUCAGACCUACCUUCAGUCAUUGCUCCACUGACAGUCUCUACAACUAUGGUGCUCAACAACCUGCAUGGAACACCAGUGGGAAGCUGCCACCUGGAUUGGACUGUGAUACAGUAAACAGUAAGUCUUCAGCGGACCCAGUGUCUCUCAGACAAGGAUAUAACACAGACUACACAAAUACCAGUGAUGUGUUUGACAGCGCACCAACACACCAUUCACUAAUAGGCAUUACUAAACAAAGGAGUUGCAUCUUUCAAAACAAACCCACAAUCCAUGGCAGAGGGCGUUAUUGUUGCCCAGUUUGUUCAAAGCGCUUUGAUGCUCCAUCCAAGCUACAGCGACAUUCCCUGAUCCAUACAGGACAGAGGUCCUAUCAGUGCCCCACUUGUCCCAAAACAUUCCGACAAAAAGCUCAUCUGAAAGUGCACCAGUCUGUUCAUGAACAAGGAAGAGAGGCUAAACCCUCUACUAGUCAUAGUGAAGACCGAGAGACCAAGUCUUUCUCAAGACCAAAAAGGACCCCGUCUUCAAAUGAAAAGGACGUAGUCUUCUGUAAUAGGAGUCAAAAGACAUCAAGUGGCAGUGAUCUCUCUGCUGUCCCUCCAACUCAAUCCGACUGCCCCCUGACAAACAACGUUAACAGCCAACCACCGCCUUCUGUUGCACCUAGGAAAUCGGGGGGGUACCAGUGCAUGGCCUGUCUGAAGAAGUUUGACUAUCCUUCUAAACUCUCCCGACAUCUAUUGGUCCACAUGGGCAUCAAGCCUUUCAGAUGUACCGUCUGUAGUAAGUCCUUCAGACAGCUCUGCCACCUACAGUCUCACAUGAAGGUCCACAAUAGUAAGACCACAAUGCAUGAGGAUGGUCAACAGAAGAACAUCAACUUGGCUCAACUGGACAACAUUCCCCCUGAGGGUGGGGUUGUUUCGGAGGGACACAUCUUUGUAGCAAGUCUUCAUCAAGAUGAACCAGGCCCAAGUCAAACUUUUGGAAAUGACGUACAAAAUAGUCAUGGUGGUGAAUCCUACACUCACUACUCUUUAACAGAAAGCACAAACCAAUCAACAGAAAUCAUCAGAAAACAUGAAACAACCCCAACCCCUGAACAGUUGGAAGACAUUAAAAGCAUGAAGUCAGAAAAUAACUGCCUAGUGGAGCAGAAAUGUAUCUCGCCUCCUCAACUGGCAAAGAGCACUUGGAAUAUUGCGGAAGAGAAACAUGUGGACAAGUUUCCCUCAGAUGAAUAUUAUGGGCAGCAAAACCACCCCCAGCUUCCCAACUGGUUAAACCCCUAUCCAUAUCACCAAGAAACCACAAAUAACAAACAGACAUAUCCAAUUGCUACUCACCGUGUUCCUUACCUGGAGGAACCAGGACCCAGCCAUAGUGACCAACCGGAAAUACCAGGUGAUGUGAAUCACAAGUUAAAUCUAUAUCAAUCCCCUUUAGAAUCUUCUAGCACUAAUUCACAAUAUGGAGCUAAAGAGGAGGAAAGGUCAGAGGUUGGGCUUAGGUCAGAGGUUGGGCUUAGGUCAGAGUUUAAUAUUACAUACAAGUCAGAACCUCCCAACGACCUUCACGUCUGCUCAGACUGUAGUCAGUGUUUUACCACCAAGGGGAAACUGAAUCAUCACAGGUGUUCUUCGAGACAUUCAGUUGAAGAGAGGCAGGCGAGCUCAUAUCGUUGCGCUAUCUGUUUCAAAAGCUUCGAGGCGCCUUCGAAAUUGAAAAGACACUAUGUUAUCCACACAGGCCAAAGGCCAUUUCACUGUACAGUGUGUGGAAAGUCUUUCACCCAGGCAGGCCAUUUGAAGACACACCUGCAAAUCCACAGGUAAAAGACUUGGAACAUUCACCUACUGUAUAACGACUCUAAUCACAGAUCUCCACACACUCGUAUCUUACAUAUAUUUACCAUUCUCCUCUACUCUCCAACAUUAGCGUUUUGGAUUGCAGAAUAUACCUUUUUAUGAUGUUUAUUUUUGUGCCUUUCUAUUCUGUCUUAUUGUCUUGAAGUGGCUUUUAUAGAUGGUGUUAUAUGGUUUACUGAGUUUGUACUAUACAGUAAUGUACUUGUGGUGUAUUCAUUGGUUUUAACAAUCUGCCUAUUUACAGUGUGAUAAUACAUGUUUAUGUGUUGCCUACAUUAUGAAUAUGUAAAUAUGACCAGUCGGUACUCCUGUUUCACACACAUGAAGUAUACGCUAAUACAAAUGUGUCUUUAGUGCAAUACUCUGGCUGGCCAUGUCAUUAUGGUGCUAGGUGGUUAUAACUGAAACAAUGUACAUUUUGGGUAGGACUUGUUUUUGGCACUGAGGUAGGCAUAAUUUCUUUUGAUCACCACCAUCAGAUACAACUGUUACUUGGCAAGUCAUUUCAUUGUGGUUUGCAGUACCACCUGUUCACACAAGAUGGCACCAUGUCUAUGUGUUUUGGUUUGUUGAGAGGGAGAGAGAGAGUAGAGAGAGAAGGGGAGAGAGAGUAGAGAGAGAGAGAGGGGG